AUGGCGGAUUCACCCCGAAAUCCGUUUAAUUCUCGAUCACAAUUGCCUAGGUUUUUAGCAACUGCUCCCAAAAAACCAUCGUCUAUCCCGGCGCCCAAAAAACCCACUUCUGAAAAGGAUACUACUCGAGUCCAGUCACUUGAAUUCGCUUUAGAAAAUGCCAAAAAUGAUUUGAAACAAAAAGAAAUUGAAAAUGACCGAGAACGCAAUGACUUACUCGCGAAACUAACAGAGGAGCGCGAACAAUCAAAGGCCCUUCAAAUUCGCGUCUCUUUGCUUGAAAAAAAAGAUUUUGAACGGGAAGCUAAUAACGAUGAAGUCCUUGAAAGACUCAGAUCUGAUAAUGAGUCACUCGUCCUACAACUUUCAAAAACCAAGUCUGAUUUUACCCAAGAAACUUCUGCUCUCGGAACUGAACUAGAGAAAACACAGCAAGAAUUAAGGAAUAAAAUCUACAAGAUGGAAGAUUUCCAACAAAAGAACAAGCUUUUUGAAGAGAACGCGUCUCAAUUGGAGAGUCGUACUGCCUCCUUGCAAGAACAACUAAACUCAAAGCUUAAUGAACUUUUGGAUAAAGAGCAACAAAUGCAAGCUCUUACCAACGAAGUAGAAAAACUCAAAGAAUCGGUCGAUCACGUUUCUGAUUCUUUGGUGUUAAAAGAUGCCAACCAAAAGCUCUUAGAACGAGUCUCAGAACUGGAAAAGCUUCAGGAAAAGCAUCUGUCUAUGAUUGAACGAUUCAAUACGAACUCUAGAAACGUUGAAAUAUUAAAUGAAGAAAAAGCUGAUCUCGAGGCUAAGCUAUACCAAUACGAAGACUACAAAGAGAAGGUCGCUACUCUGAGCGUUGAUAUUGAAAAAACUCAAGCGGAACUGAAUACUUGGAAAAAGACAUUCACGGAUAUAAAUGUCCCAGAGCUUGCCGCAGAAAAAUUCAAGACUGUGCAAUCCGAAAAUAAGGCCCUUACCGAGCGCGUCUCAGACCUCACACAACAGCUACUUCAAGAAAGGGACCAGGGACCUCCAAUGGUUUUAGACUUAAAUAACAAGGUUGCUGACCUUAAGAAAGAAAUUGUAGAAAUCAACGAACAGACUCGACGGCUUCAACGUCAGGUAUUCUUAGCCAACCAAGAAAUAAGUCUUUUGCGCGCAAAUUUGAAAAGCUAUGAUGACGAGGAAUCAAUAAUGAAUAGCGAAAGUUCUAAUCAGAAAAAGCUUGAACGAAUUGAGUCGCUUACUAAGUUGAUUGAUGAGUAUAAACUCUUAUUUGAGAAUUCCAAAAUUUAUAACAACGGCUCUUCCGCAGAUGAACAGCCCUUAACUUUAAAACGUCCUCGGGAAGAGGACCAGGACGAUGUUGGCUACGUAACGGAGUUGUAUCGAGAAAAUCAACAUAUACAGUUACGGCUACAAGAAAAGCUAAAUACCGAAGGAUUCCUAAGAGAUCAAAUCAACGGACUUGAAGUUAUUAUCGCUGAGCUGAGGCAAGAAAUCAUUCAAAUGUCAGAACUAAAAUCCUCCAGGGUCCUUCAACACAGAUCAAAUCCUACGCUUAAGCACGAAAGAGUAAAAGCAGAACAGCUUUACCUUCUUGAAAACGAGAAUGAGGGUUACAAGGCGAUCUUAGAACAGAGAGAUAUUCAAACAGUACCGAUGGAGUCGCUGGCAUUAGCUAAUAGGAGAACUUUGGAACUUAAGAAGGAACUUUUAGAUCGAGAUAAAAGGAUACAGAGACUGAAAGAGAUUUUUUCUGUGAAAUCUUUGGAAUUUAGAGAGGCAAUAUAUUCUCUCUUUGGCUAUAAAAUAGAGUUUCUGCCGAAUGGAAGUGUCCGCGUUACAUCCAUGUAUUCAAACGAAAGCAACACUGCUUUUGUUUUUGAUGGUGAAACUAGUACAAUGAAAUUGGUGGGAAAGCCUUCAAGUCCAGAUUUCGAGCGAUUAGUUAAAUUUUGGUGUGAUGAACAAAAAACGAUACCUGGAAUGCUGGCAGCCUUGACAUUGGAAUUGAUCGACAAAAAUGACCACUCUACCUUGAAUGAGCAAUAG